GCCUCACUCGGCGCCUCCGGCAUUCUCUCCUCACAGAGCUGCAGACAUGGCUGGGGGUCCCGCGCUUUCGGAGGCGGCGGCUGCAGAGCCUGCCCUGGUCAGCUCCGUCACUGUGUACUCCCUAGCGGCCUGCGCUGCCCAGCUGGCCGUGGGCUAUGUGCUGGCGCAGCGUCUGGGCACGAAGUGCUCCGGCGUUGACAGGUGGGCGCUGGUCUGGCUCUUCUAUGACGCGAUUGUGCAUUUCACCCUGGAAGGUCCUUUUGUCUACCUGUCUUUAGUAGGAACAGUGGCGACAUCUGACAGUACUUUGGCUUCGUUGUGGAAAGAAUAUGGAAAAGCAGAUGCUCGGUGGCUCCACUCAGACCCAACAAUUGUGUCCCUUGAAAUCCUUACUGUUGUCUUGGAUGGUCUUUUAGCUGUAGUCCUAAUUUAUGCCAUCAUUAAAGAUAAAUACUACAGGCACUUUGUACAAAUAACAUUGUGUGUAUGUGAAUUAUAUGGAGGAUGGAUGACAUUCUGUCCAGACUGGCUAAUUGGUAGCCCCAACCUAAAUACUGCCAAUUGGCUUUAUAUGUGGGUGUACCUGGUGUUCUUUAAUGGCAUAUGGGUCAUUAUCCCCGCUCUCUUACUGUGGCAGUCCUGGCUUGAGCUUGAAAAAAUGCAUCUUGGCAAGAGAAACCCCGGAAAGAAGAUAAGAUGAACAAAUGAAAGCCACUUACAUGCGUGCGGAGAGUGACAUCAAAUAAAAGUUCUUUCAGCCACAUUGCAGCCAGAUGCACUCCCCGUCUGCAUCAGAAAAUGGCUAUUUUUAUAAUAAUGGAGAAUGCAUUUUAGAGCUGUUUAUUGGGGAAAGUACAUUUUAAUAAUCACAAUCUGUUUUGAUGUGUAUGUCAUUAGGGGAUGUUUAAUGUGCAAAAUCAUGGUUUCAGCUACCUCCCCCUUCUGGGAAAUAUUUGCCAAUUAGCGUAGUUGAUAUAAUUUAUAUUUUUAUAAAGUGUUUACAAUUUGCUGGUGA